AUGGCCCAGGGGCUGUACCACGAGGAGUUCGCCCGCGCGGGCAAGCGGGCGGGGCUGCAGGUCUGGAGAAUUGAGAAGCUGGAGCUGGUGCCGGUGCCCGAGAGCGCGUACGGCGACUUCUACGUCGGGGAUGCCUACCUGGUGCUCCACACGACGCAGGCCAGCCGGGGCUUCACCUACCGCCUGCACUUCUGGCUGGGAAAGGAAUGUACUCAGGAUGAAAGCACAGCAGCUGCCAUCUUUACUGUUCAGAUGGAUGACUACUUGGGUGGCAAACCUGUGCAGAACAGAGAACUUCAAGGCUAUGAGUCUACGGAUUUUGUUGGCUACUUUAGAGGAGGUCUGAAAUACAAGGCUGGAGGUGUGGCGUCUGGAUUCAAUCAUGUGCUUACAAAUGACUUGACCGCUCAGAGGCUCCUGCAUGUGAAAGGUCGCAGAGUUGUCAGGGCCACGGAAGUUCCCCUGAGCUGGGACAGUUUCAACAAGGGUGACUGCUUCAUCAUUGACCUUGGCGCUGAAAUUUACCAGUGGUGUGGAUCCUCUUGCAACAAGUAUGAGCGUCUGAAGGCCAGCCAGGUUGCCACUGGCAUUCGGGACAAUGAAAGGAAAGGAAGAUCUCAGCUAACUGUGGUAGAAGAAGGGAGUGAACCAUCAGAGCUUAUACAGGUAUUAGGGAAAAAGCCAGAGCUUAGGGAUGGAGAAGAUGAUGAUGACAUCAAAGCAGAUAUAACUAAUAGGAAAAUGGCUAAACUCUACAUGGUUUCAGAUGCCAGCGGCUCCAUGAAAGUGAGUCUGGUGGCAGAAGAAAACCCCUUCUCCAUGACGAUGCUGCUGUCUGAAGAAUGCUUCAUUUUGGACCACGGUGCUGCAAAACAGAUUUUCGUAUGGAAAGGUAAAGAUGCUAAUCCCCAGGAGAGAAAGGCUGCCAUGAAGACAGCUGAGGAAUUCCUAGAGCAAAUGAAUUAUUCUACAAAUACCCAAAUUCAAGUUCUUCCAGAAGGAGGUGAAACACCAAUCUUCAAACAGUUCUUUAAGGACUGGAGAGAUAGAGAUCAGAGCGAUGGCUUCGGGAAAGUGUAUGUCACAGAAAAAGUGGCUCACAUAAAACAAAUUCCAUUUGACGCCUCAAAAUUGCACAGUUCUCCACAAAUGGCAGCCCAGCAUCAUAUGGUGGAUGAUGGUUCUGGCAAAGUGGAGAUUUGGCGUGUAGAAAACAACGGUAGGGUCGAAAUUGACCCAAACUCUUAUGGUGAAUUCUAUGGUGGUGACUGCUACAUUAUACUUUACACGUAUCCCAGAGGACAGAUUAUCUAUACCUGGCAAGGAGCAAAUGCCACGAGGGAUGAGCUGACAACCUCCGCAUUCCUGACUGUUCAGUUGGAUAGAUCCCUCGGGGGACAGGCUGUGCAGAUUCGAGUCUCGCAAGGCAAAGAACCUGCUCACCUGCUGAGUUUGUUCAAAGACAAACCGCUCAUUAUUUACAAGAACGGAACAUCAAAGAAAGAAGGUCAGGCGCCGACCCCCCCUACACGCCUCUUUCAAGUCCGAAGAAACCUGGCUUCGAUCACCAGAAUUAUGGAGGUAGAUGUUGAUGCAAAUUCAUUGAAUUCCAAUGAUGUUUUUGUCCUGAAACUGCGACAAAAUAAUGGCUACAUCUGGAUAGGAAAAGGCGCCACACAGGAGGAGGAGAAAGGAGCAGAGUACGUGGCAAGCAUCCUCAAAUGCAAAACUGCGGCAAUUCAGGAAGGCGAGGAACCAGAGGAGUUUUGGAAUUCCCUUGGAGGGAAAAAAGACUACCAGACCUCUCCUCUGCUAGAAUCCCAGGCUGAAGACCAUCCACCUCGGCUUUACGGAUGCUCCAACAAAACUGGAAGAUUCAUUAUUGAAGAAGUUCCAGGAGAGUUCACCCAGGAUGAUUUAGCAGAAGAUGAUGUCAUGCUGUUAGAUGCCUGGGAACAGAUUUUUAUUUGGAUUGGAAAAGACGCCAAUGAAGUUGAGAAAGCGGAAUCUCUGAAGUCUGCCAAAAUAUACCUUGAGACUGACCCUUCUGGAAGAGACAAGAGGACGCCAAUUGUCAUCAUAAAACAGGGUCAUGAGCCACCUACUUUCACAGGCUGGUUCCUGGGCUGGGAUUCCGGCAGGUGGUAAACUGAUUUUUGUAGGAAAAAAACAAAUAUAAUGGGGCAGCUGUCCCAUUGCUGUUUCUGGGGGGAAGGAGGAGCUUGUUUGACUUUAGAAAAUUAACCUCAGCCAUAUGACUAU